GUGUGGAAACAUCAUGUGUCUGUGGGACGUCAGGAGGAACAGCCCUGUUUCUCCACACUGACACCAGAUUUCAAGGCGGACUGUGGGGAAUAAGAUGCUGGAUUGAAGAUGGAGUUGGAUUUGGAGUAAAUAAUCCAGGGAAAAGGGAACUAAAGGCGCUGAACCUUGAGGAUCUUUACUGUCAUUCAGUCUCACCUCUUAAAGUUGUGCUGUUACUGGAGAGACAGACGUAGUUCUCCACUUUUGGACCUGAUUUUUAAAAUCCAUUGAAGGAGAAAGAAGCUAGCAAUCAUCUCAUCUUUAGAGCUGACUCCCUAAAGGAAAGAAGGAACCAGAACACAAAGAAGCCAGGGUAUUUUGAAGGAUAUAUUCUGUGAUUUCAUCCCACUUCAGACCUGGAUAUGCCAUGCUGGCCCAGAGGAACGGGCUCCCAACAGGCUGUAAGCCGAUUUCUCUGAAGGACCACCCCGACCUGCGGGAUGUGGAUGUUAGCGCAGAAGGGUGCUGCUCCCUCUCUCCUUCCCCAUCAUCAGGAGGCUGCCCCUGGGCUCGCCUGGCCGGCGUGGACGGCUGCCUCUCGGAGCCAUACUGUCUCUGGUUCCAGCUUUUAGCCCGGGCUUAUUGGGGAGAGGUUGAACUUGGGCUCACAAGGCCGAACCGCAGCGUGUCCUGGGCUCGACUCAGGGAAGCCUCAAAGAGGAACUGUGUCCGAUCUCGGGCCAAGCAGAAAGAUGGGCGUGAUCAGAGCGAGGCGUCGGCUCUGGCCUCUCCCGGGGUCGAGGAGGAGCCCUUUUCCUGGCCGGGGCCGAAGACGCUUCACCUGCGCCGAACCUCGCAAGGCUUCGGCUUCACGCUGCGACACUUUAUCGUCUACCCACCUGAGUCUGCUGUCCACAACUCGCUGAAGGAUGAAGAGAAUGGCAGUCGAGGGAGACAGAGGAACCGUCUGGAGCCAAUGGACACCAUUUUUGUCAAGCAAGUGAAGGAGGGAGGCCCUGCCCACGGAGCUGGACUCUGCACAGGGGAUCGGAUAGUGAAGGUGAACGGAGAGAGCAUCAUUGGGAAAACCUACUCCCAGGUCAUAGCCUUGAUCCAGAACAGCGAUGCCUCGCUGGAACUCUGCGUGAUGCCAAAGGAUGAGGACAUUCUGCAGCUGUUUUCCAGGGAUAUCACUGCACUGGCGUAUUCCCAAGAUGCAUACCUCAAAGGAAAUGAGGCAUACAGCGGAAAUGCCCAGAACAUCCCCGAGCCCCCUCCCAUAUGCUACCCUCGGAUAGAAGUGAAGGCUGAGGGCAUGGCUCAGGCAUCAGAGCCCGCCACAGUCGGUGAGCCUCCCCUAGGGCCAGCUCAGGGACCAGGAAGACAAGGAGGGGCCACCGAAAAGAGCUACCGGGUGGAAAUCCCUGUCCCACCAUCUCCUCCGCCCCAGCAGACGUCCAAAUCUCAGACCGUGGUUUGUGUCUGUAAUGAGAACGUGAGGACAGUUGCCAUGCCUCCUGAUACAGUAGAUAGGGGGUCCCGGGUGGCUCGGGCAGCUCCCAGCCACAGGACAGAGGAAAACCGGUACAGUCCGACAGCUGAUUCCAGCACAGCUAGACCCAGGCCACUCAUUCCCACAGUACCUGGGGGUGCACAGUUGCAGUACCCCUCCCCCCAUCCAACAGAAACCACAGUUUACUCGCCUUCUUCAAGUUCCAGACCCAGCCCGAUCUAUCCUGACACCUUAUCUCCACCUGUACGGGCCCCUCUUACCCAUGACACAUUCUCCACUGCCAUCUCACCGAGCACCAACCACUACUCCCCCUCUCCAACUGCACCGUCCACUUCCCUGCACCAGAACAUCGACUGGAAGAACUACACCACCUACAAGGACUACAUUGACUCCAAAAGGCUGCAUACGUAUGGCUGCCGCACAAUUCAAGAGCGCUUGGACAGUUUACGUGCAGCUGCCAAUUCCACCUCAGCGUAUGCCCAGCAACGUCAGCCGCCACCUCCAAGCACAAGUCAAAGAGGGGCUCUGGGCUACCUAGGUAGACGGAGAAGCACCUCCAAUGACCGCGGUGCAGAUGCAGGUAUUCAGGGUUCUGCAAUGACUCCGUUACGUAGUGCCUCCCAAGAGAGGCUUGGAGGUGGAACGGAGAGGACGGUACCAAUCAGGAAUUGGCCUCGGAGUGCAUCCGAGGAUGCUCUGCCUUUCUCAAGCCCCACAGGUGUCCCCAAAACCCGGGCUCGUUCUUGUGACUACUUGGGUUAUCAGCCUGGAGAGUCAGGUGGGACUAUCUUUGGAGACAGGGCGGGGCUGGAGGACAGGAUGCUGUUUUGUCGGGGUGAUGAAGUGAGAGGCAGCAGGCAGGGGGCAGCACUGAGAGCUUUACCUCAUUUGAACAGGAGUCUCACUGGACAGGAAGUAGAGGGCCGCAGGAGUGGAUCAUCAAACUCCCCUUUAGCUGCUCCUGUGUUUUCUAAAGGUACGAUGGAUUCUGUUCUACCAUCGAGGGCAGACAGUCUCAUUCUGAGACCAUCACGUCUGCCUGUCAAAAACUCAAUCUCAGACCUCUUGCCUGCCUUAUCCACCAAAACCAAGGACCCACCUAAAGACCAAAGAGCUAACAUCAUGGGCAACCACCUGAGCUAUUCCUCCCCCUUGCACCUUCAGCUCAGGACCAGGGCAGACAGUCUCAGAAUGGAGAGCAGGUCAGAGACUGUGUUGGCAGCCCGGUCCUCCUCUUGCUCUGGUCCCUCUUCUAAGCUGCCCCUUCAGAGACAAUUACAAAAUGUCCAUGUUGCCUCUUCUCCUGGUUCCUCUGCCACCACUGGAGCUGUGACCCAAAGUCCCAGAGCAAACGCCCCAGUGCGGACUAAUUCAGAGGGCGUAGAAGGACUAGAUGCAACAGUGGUCGUACUCAGAAGAGACAAAAACUCUGGAAGUCCUCAUGCUCGCCCUCCGUCCUACGUGUUAGCUGUUAAUGAGAACCAGAGAGGAGUGACUCAUAAGUCCCCACCACUGGUGAAGGCUGGCUCUGCAGAUGCAGCGAUGUGCUGGAUGUCUAGUGACAGGGAUGUGUAUCAAAGAAGGCUUGGAGAUACACGACAGAAGUCUGGCUCCAACAACCUGGGUGACUCCCUGGAUUCAAUCCCCUUCAUAGAUGAACCAUCUAGUCCCAGCAUCGACCUGGACAGUUCUCACAUUCCUGCCUGCUCCGUGAUUUCUGGAGCGCCCAUCAUCACUACCAUCCCGCCCAGCCCCACCACCACGUCCCCUUUCAUUCGACGCCAGCUGUCACACGACCAAGAUUCACUCCGUCUCACAAUUAUUGAGUCAGACUCUGGUACCAAAUCUGAGCGGUCCAAGUCCUACGAUGAAGGCCUGGAUAACUACCGUGAAGAAAGCAGAGGGAGGUCCUUAAUACCUGGCCUGAAAACUUUCAGGAAGGCCGUGGACCGAUCAUCUGAAGACUCGGGGUCCAGGAGGGGCUCGUCUUCAGAUGUUUUCUGUGAUGCCACAAAGGAGGGUCUGCUUCAUUUCAAGCAGCUGAAUACAGACAAGGGCAAGCGCGUUGGAGGGGGGAUGCGUCCGUGGAAACAGAUGUACGCCGUGUUGAGAGGCCACUACCUCUGCCUGUAUAAAGACAAAAAGGAAGGACAAGCCCACGCUAACUGCCAGGCAGUAGAUGAACCCCUACCCAUCAGCAUCAAGGCCUGUCUGAUCGACAUUUCCUACAGCGACACCAAACGGAAAAACGUGCUGCGGCUGACCACGUCGGACUGCGAAUACCUGUUUCAAGCUGAGGACCGGGAGGACAUGCUGGCCUGGAUCAGAGUCAUACAGGAGAACAGCAACCUGGAUGAGGAGAACUCGACCUUCACCAGCCAUGACCUCAUCAGCCGGAAGAUCAAGGAGUACAACACCUUGAUGAGCCCGACCGGUAGCAAGACGGAGCCGUCACCCAAGCCAUCACGCCAGUCCCUGAGCAUCAGGCAGACGCUGCUGGGGGGGAAAGGAGAGACCAAAGCUACCAGUCCACAUUCACCCAAAGCACCAGAGCAGGAGAGGAAGAACAUGCACAAAGAUGACACAAGCCCUCCCAAGGAUAAAGGGACGUGGAGGAAGGGCAUCCCAGGGCUGAUGAGGAAGCCGUUUGAGAAGAAGCCGUCCCCUGGGGUCACGUUUGGAGUGAGGCUGGAUGACUGUCCUCCUGCACAGACAAACAAGUUUGUCCCUCUGAUCGUGGAGGUGUGUUGUAAGCUGGUGGAAGAGAGGGGGUUGGAGUACACCGGUAUCUACAGAGUCCCAGGGAACAACGCUGCCAUCUCCAACAUGCAGGAGGAGCUCAAUAACAAGGGCAUGAACGAUAUCGAUAUCCAGGACGACAAAUGGAGGGAUCUCAAUGUGAUCAGCAGUUUACUCAAGUCCUUUUUCCGCAAACUUCCAGAGCCCUUGUUUACCAAUGAUAAAUAUGCAGAUUUUAUCGAGGCCAACAGGACAGAGGACCCAGUGGAAAGACUCAAAGUGCUUAAAAGGCUGCUUCAUGAGUUGCCAGAUCAUCACUAUGAAACCCUCAAGUUCCUCUCCUGCCAUCUGAAAACUGUUGCUGAAAACUCAGAGAAGAAUAAGAUGGAGCCGAGGAACUUGGCCAUCGUGUUUGGUCCGACUUUGGUACGAACCACGGAGGACAACAUGACGCACAUGGUGACGCACAUGCCCGACCAGUACAGGAUAGUGGAGACACUCAUCCAGAAUUAUGACUGGUUUUUCACUGAGGAUGGAGACAGAGAUCCAGUGACCGUGUCCCAGGAGGAGAGCGCGGUAGAGUCCCAGCCCGUCCCCAACAUCGAUCACCUGCUCACCAACAUCGGCCGCACGGGCACGUCGCAGGGUGAAGUAUCAGAUUCACCAACUAGCGACUCGGCUAAAUCAAAGGGUUCCUGGGGCUCAGGGAAGGAUCAGUGCAGCCGCGAGCUCCUAGUCUCCUCCAUCUUUGCUGCAGCCAGCCGCAAAAGAAAGAAGUCAAAGGAGAAGCCGCAGCCUAGCAGCUCAGACGACGAUCUGGACGCCGUGUUCCCCAAAAAGGAGAUUUCGGGUCAAAAGCCGAACCACCACGGCCUACAGACUGAGACGCAGAGCGAGACUCGAUCGAGCCCCAACGCAAAACCCAACGCCAAGCAGCCUGCACGAGCAGAGGAGAGGAAGGAGAACGGGAGAACUGUGGAGCUCACAUCUAAAGCCAAGAAAGAGCACAGGAACUCUUUAUUCCUGAAGGACAAAACUCCACCCAGACACCCUUCACCCUCACCCUCCCCCUCCCUGAUCAUAACCAACUACCAACAAGCUCCACAGGGGAAGUCCUCUCUGUCUGAUCCUCCAUCUCUGCUGGAUGAAAACACCUCAGAUCUUGGUACCAUGAGCUCUGGAGCAUCUGUCCCAAGGUCAAGACCAAAAAAAUGGACAGCAGGAGCCUCCCUGGACCUUCCUGCAGGAGCAAACAUUGGUCAGGGACCAAGUGCAGGUCCAGGGGCAUCCGCAGGAGCAGAAGUGAGCUCCAUCACCUCCGACUACUCCACAACUUCAUCCAUCACGUUCCUGACUGGAGCAGAGUCCAGCGCGCUCAGUCCAGAGCUGCAGGGUGGAGAGGAGGCAGACGACGAACGAAGUGAACUCAUCAGUGAGGGACGACCCAUGGAGACAGACAGUGAGAGCGACUUCCCCGUCUUUGCACCUGGUGGAGGCAGCAGUCAGUCUACGCCCUGCCCAGAGCCGAACGCAGAUAAAGGAGAAGUAGGAGGAGCAGCUGAAGGGAGCACCACACCAAAAAUGGAAGCACGGCGCCUUUUCCCGUCACAGCGGAUGAUAGAGUGUGACACGCUCUCCAGACGGUGGUCCCUGAGGCAGAAAACAGACAGCGAAUCAUCAGUGGAGGGCGUUGUGGGGAAUGUGGAGCGUAGUGAGGGUAGAGCCGAGUCUUCGACGCGCCUGUCUCGAGUCCUGGACGUGAUGAAGAAGGGUCGGUCAACGAGCAGCCUCAGCUCAUCAUCGCGCAGCGAGUCAGAGCGCCCUGAACCGUCCUGGCACCUAAAGAUCACAGAGCGGCUCAAGUUCAGGAUCCGCACAUCAGCCGACGACAUGUUUGCGCAGAAAAACCGCAGUCAAGACGCUCGAGGGAAGAAGAAGAACAUCCGACGGAGGCACACCAUGGGAGGGCAGCGGGACUUCGCAGAGCUAGCGGUCAUAAACGACUGGCGAGAGCAGGGCGGUGUAGACCAAGCGGCUGAACUGUCUGCUCUGGAUCGCCUAAAGCCCAGAUGUUCUUCUCAGGACUUCUCCAUCAGAGACUGGAUCUCCAGGGAGCGCCACAGAGGCUCCGAUUCAAGCGGCGAGGUCGCACCCAAAGCUGUCCCGGAGGAUGACCACCCAGACGGCCAGGACGGAGCUCCAGAAAGACCUCCUCCUCCUGCAUCUCCUGGUGCUCAGACGCUCACAGGGGAGCAGGUUAACGGUAGCGGGGUGCAAGGCAAACGACCCAGCCUGACGCCGGACGCUCACCCACACAAACUGUCCGGAGCUCAAGUCGUACGCUCACGGUUCUACCAGUAUCUGUGAAACGGAAACAGGUUUUUUUUUUCUGGUGAAUGAAUGCGUUCAAACGUACGAAUGUGUGUAUUUUAGCUAAGGUUACUGCACAAUAUUUUUUCUACAAAGUCUACUUAUGUAUGGCCUGUACAUUCAGUGUAUAGGCUCCUGUGAUUGUUACUGGAAUAUUCUACAGAGAUGUUUAUGUGUUGAACUUUUCCGACCUGUCGGCCAUACUGGAACAGACUUGGAAAAACGCCGACUUCCUCCUGCAGAAGUGAAAGAUUGAGACUUUGAUUAACGGACAUUCAUGGACUGUGAUGUUACACAGCAGGAGGAAGCCUUUUACAGGAAUCAUGGUUCAGUUCUUCCUAUCUAAGAAUGUAUUCUCCACUUGGACUAACACUAGAUGCUCUUGACAAUAUUUUUGUCAUUCUCAAAGCCACAUGUAUGUUUUUAUUUGCCUGUACUUGAAGUAUGUGGAUGUAACUGAAGGCUGCUUUCUGAGCUGCGUGCCGUGGGAAGGUUUGUUUUUUCACUGCACAUUCACAACAGCCAGAUAUUAGCUGGAAGGACUGGAGGAUGAUUCUAGUUUUAUCAAAUACAGACUGAAAAGUAAUGAAAUGCUGAUACUAGAGUAUGUAAUGCUUGGUACAGUAGUUUUUAUUUCCAAACUGUGUCCAAUAAUAGUCCAAAAGAUCCGUUUCUACAUGUGUGAGUUGUUUUUAUUUCAAAAAGUGCCUCUUUUUUCUUUUUUUAAACUGUUUUUACCAACAGUUGUCAAGACAAAAAGAAAUUUGAAACAUUUUAAGUAGAGCAAAAAAAAAAAAAAAAAAAAACCUCACAGGCAUUCCAGAGAUUUUCCCUUUUUUGUUUCCUGUUUUAUUCAAACUCACAGCGACAUCAGAAACCAUGUCCACGUUUAUCGUAGUUUAACUUCCCCCUCUGUGCAGUAAAAUGCAUGGGCGCUAAAACCUGGGAGAAAAAGCUUCAACAAACUUUAAAAUCUUUGAAACUGCAUGAGACGAUGUUUCCUAACGCCUGUGUACAGCAGAACACGGACACGACGCCCUCCCUCAACAAACACUGGAAUAAAUCAUCUUUAUUAGA